GCAGCCAAUAUGUCGGACUCUACUGUUGGCCAGACGAAGCAGUUUGGAAAGGGCCAGAGGACCGUCCCUCACCCGGCCCAGAAGGCCCAGAAAUGGUACCCCGUUGAUGACGAGUCGCAGCCCAAGAAAGUCCGCAAGGCUAUCCGUCCCGCUAAGGUCCGCGAGAGCCUCCAGCCCGGUACCGUUCUGAUCCUCCUCGCCGGCCGCUUCCGUGGAAAGCGUGUCGUUCUCCUCAAGCACCUCGAGCAGGGUGUUCUCCUCGUCACCGGUCCCUUCAAGAUCAACGGUGUCCCCCUCCGCCGUGUCAACGCUCGCUACGUGAUCGCCACCAGCACCCGUAUCGACAUCAGCGGUGUUGACGCCCAGACCCUCGAGAAGGUCUCCGCUGCCGACUACUUCACCAAAGAGAAGAAGGCUGAGAAGAAGACCGAGGAGGCUUUCUUCAAGCAGGGAGAGAAGCCCCAGAAGAAGGUUGUUGCCAGCGCUCGCGCUAGCGACCAGAAGGCCGUUGACCAGUCCAUCCUCGCCUCCGUCAAGAAGGAGGCUUUCCUCGGAAGCUACCUGGCCAGCACCUUCAGCCUCCGCAACGGCGACAAGCCCCACGAGAUGAAGUGGUAGAUGUGUGACGCGGCGGCCGCGGGUUCGGUAGUUAUUGUGGAGGAGUCCUGCGAGGGGCGGCGGCUAGAAACUCCCUUUUCAAUCUUUUGCAAGCAACUGGUCGAACUCCACAACCGGCACUUGCAAAAGGAAAAGGGGGGUCGCAGGAGGAAACAGCUCAUGAAGUAUAUGUAACUCGAUUCGAGCCUCAUGUUUGCUUAGGAUUGCGGUUUUUUUUAAUGCCGAGGUUAAAAAAGGAAAGGAAAAACCGGUUGUUAUUUCAUACUUGAUCUCCCCCUCAAAACUGAACUGUCUUCCUCCAGCAAUUCUGGCCGUUUGCACAAUCCCCCCCUUCUUGCAGUCGAUAACUUUGAGCCGAAAUGAAAAGAAAAAAA